UGAAGUCAAUGAACCGUAACAAUUUUGUCGUGAUUUCUAAUUCUAAUUUGUUUGUUGUAUAAAUUGAAUUUUAUAAUCAUGUCUUCCUAUUUAGAUUACUAUUGCAAAAAUAUUGAAGCGAGCAAUGACACCGGAAACUUUAUAAAGGGCAUCUGUUACACCAUGUGUCCUCAAGACGAAGUGAAACUGCGAGAACAAAACCAUAUGGUGCAUAUAUUGGAGGUGUCAGGCCCAGUGAAAAAAAUGGUCAAAAGUUACAGUAGAUCCGCGGCAGACUCCAAUUUGUCCAAACCUCAUCUGUUGCGGCCAUACAACGUACUGAAAGAGACUGUUGAUUAUUUGUUGCUAGAAGUAACCAAACGUUGUGAUGUGUCCAUGUGCUUAAUUUAUGACUUUAUAAAUGACCGACUGAGAGCUGUGAGACAAGACAUCACCAUUCAAAGAUUGCCUCCAGAACAAUGUGUCAACUUGCUAGAGCCUAUGAUUCGAUUCUAUGUUUAUUAUGGUUAUAGGUUAUGUGAAUACCCGGCUUGUGAUUUUGAUCCGGUUCUCAAUAAGAAAUACCUUUUGGAAUGUUUAAAAUGGUUCCUGAGUUGCUGUGACCACCUGCAAGUUUCCGAAAGCAGCGCGCAGAUUAACGAGCUUAGUGGGUUUCUGUCCAAAAUGGAACUGAAAGCCAGAAAUGGGAAAAACCUGACGUGUGACAGAGCGCUGAUGGAAGCUCUGUACAUAUUGUGUAAUUUGGAUGAUGUUCAUCCGUUGUAUAGAUAUUUAAAACUGCCUGCAGAUAUUAAAAGCAACUCAACAAUGCAGCUGUCAUACAAAAUAGCUAUGGCACAUUUGAAGGGCAAUUUCGUGAGAGUUAGCAAGCAAAUGAAGAAACUGUGCCCCCUGACAUAUUGUGCCUUAUUCAUUCACUUACCAGCUAUUCAAAGACAUGCCCUCCAAGUACUGACAGUCGCCUAUAGCAGCAAGCAGUUAUCUGUGCCCAUAGACAUCUUGCGUCGUUGGCUAUGGUUUGACAGCUCGGGCGCUGCAUCCGAUGUUUGCACACACUAUGGUUUGAGGGCCAGUGGGGGAGCGGUCCAGUUGUUCAAGGGAGACUUUAAGACUGAUAUAGUUAUUCAUCAACCGAAGAAGCAUCUUCUGCACGAUGAGAAAUUAAAUAUGAAUGUAGAACAUAUUUUUACAUACUCUAGUUUGUAGUAGUUAACAGAUAUUUUUUUCAUAAUCUAUCAUUAAUAAAAUUUUAAAAUAAGAAUAUGCCACUGUGAUAAAUAUGUUUAGAUAAACAUUUAGUUUUUAUUAUUUUGUUAGGUCUAUACAAAUAAAGUGACAAUAUUUUAAGGGCAGAUUGGGUUAGAGUGCUACUGAAAUAUUAAAAAAAAUUACAGAGACUAAAACAGAUUCAGUCUGAUGCUAAUGUCUUGUAUAAAUUUUAAUGAAAAAUGGUUCAGUAGGAAUUACCAAACCUGCCUUAAAAUAACUAGGUACACAUAAUUACCUAAUUUACAUGCUCAAAUAAAAUAUAUUUAGCUAAUUAAUAUGAAACUUUUCCAUCUAUUUUUGAAUAAAACAACAUAUAAUAUAAAGAAA